CGUCACCGUUCCAUUUUUUUCCCUCUUUCAUACCCCUAGGGUUUCAUCUUAGCUCGUUUGAUUUCGCCUGAAAAAUGAUGCCACAAAGUGGAGUUGCUCAGCCAGCAAUGGCACCUAUGUCAAUGGAUCAGUAUCAGCAGCAAGCUCCGCCGACGCAGCAGCAACAACAAUGGAUGAUGCAACCUCCGCAAGCUCAACAACCUCAAUUUCAACCUCAGGCUCAACCUUCUUGGGGUCAGCAGCAGCAACAGCCAUCGCAACCUAUGUCUCAACAGUAUGGUGCGAGUAAUCCUAGCCCUACUUCGAAUGUUAAUCCAAAUGAGCUUCGGUCUCUUUGGAUUGGGGACUUGCAGUAUUGGAUGGAUGAGAAUUAUCUCUCCACUUGUUUCUAUCACACCGGCGAGCUUGUUUCUGCUAAGGUCAUCAGGAACAAGCAAAGUGGCCAGUCUGAAGGUUAUGGAUUCCUCGAAUUCAGGAGUCAUGCAGCUGCAGAAACUGUUUUACAAACAUAUAAUGGCGCCUUGAUGCCAAAUGUGGAACAGAAUUUCCGUAUGAACUGGGCAUCUCUUGGUGCCGGUGAGAGGCGAGAUGAUUCACCCGAGUAUACAAUAUUUGUUGGUGAUUUGGCUGCUGAUGUGACGGAUUAUGUGCUACAAGAGACAUUCAAACCCGUGUAUUCAUCAGUAAAAGGUGCAAAAGUUGUAGCAGAUAGAAUUACUGGACGUACCAAGGGAUAUGGAUUUGUCAAGUUCGCUGAUGAGAGUGAACAAUUGCGUGCUAUGACUGAAAUGAAUGGUGUACUUUGUUCAUCUAGGCCCAUGAGGAUUGGCCCGGCUGCAAACAAGAAACCAAUGGGUACCCCCCAGAAAGCUACCUACCAAAAUCCUCAAGCUACUCAAGGCGAAAGUGACCCCAAUAAUACAACUAUAUUUGUUGGUGGUUUGGAUCCCAGUGUUGCAGAAGAACAUUUGCGACAAGUUUUCUCCCCAUACGGUGAAUUGGUUCACGUGAAAAUAGUGGCUGGAAAGCGCUGUGGCUUUGUUCAGUUUGGUAGUAGAGCUUCUGCUGAGCAGGCUUUGUCAAGCUUGAAUGGCGCACAAUUGGGAGGACAAAGUAUUCGGCUUUCUUGGGGGCGUAGCCCCUCUAACAAACAGUCCGACCAGACUCAAUGGGGUGGUAGUGCCGGUGGUGGUGCUGGUGCAUAUUAUGGGUAUGCCCAAGGAUAUGACGCUUAUGGAUAUGCUCCUCCCCCUCAGGACCCUAAUAUGUAUUACGGGAAUUACCCAGGAUAUGGGAAUUAUCAGCAGCCACAGCAGUGAUGUUAAUUAUUUUCAAGGAGGCUAAGUAGUAGACGACGUUCAAGUUUCCAGUGCUUAGGCUGAUCUUUCCCGUCGGUGUGACUGGUUGUACAAUGAUUUGAUAAACUGAGUGAUUGUGAGUUUUUGUGGGAUAUUUUCUUUUCUCCUGUCUGUAACUUUGAGUUUGCUAUGACACUAACAUGUACUGAAACAUUCCGAGCAGUACCUUGACCUGUGUGUAGACUUUGUUAAGUUUUUUCUUGCCAUUUCCAGUAUUCGAUUGCAUUUGGUUUAA